AUGCAUAUCUACAUCAGUGCAAUUGCUGGAUUGAUCGCCAUUGCCGCCGCUGCUCCCCCUUAUCUUGUCCUCACACUUACCGAGACCAUCACUAUAUCCAGAUGCGUCGUAUGGGGCCCACUACCUCCUCAGGUCACAUACACGACUGAAUACACAUACAAUCCACCUGACAUAGUCACGACCGUAUUCACAAACAAUCCAAUUCAGAGAGUCACUGUGACAUCUUGCUCAUGGCAAGCAAAACGGUCAGAGGCAUCCACCGUAACCUCGACCCUAUACACAGAUCGUCCAACGCAGACAGUCACCGACGAGGUUUCAUCUAUCACGUCCCCGCCCGCGGAAAUCAUGUCUGUUCAUCCCGUUUCGACUGAGCCCGCAAUCAUGGCUCCCAUGCCGACUGUCGCGGAAACCUACCCGUUCACCUUCACGCUCAGCAAGCGUCAUACCGCUGUCGUCAACGAAACGCAGUCCCUGAUUGCUUCUACCUUCAUCACGAACAACCAGACCAAGACUGUUUCUCCGUUUUUUACAACGACCGUAAAGGCCAAAACCUUUACGAACGACAUCAUGACACUGUCGGUCGAUCUCACCGACCCAUUUUCGGUUUACAAGAAUCCUACGCCGACCAAGACCCCAGACCUCGCACGCCGUGAGGAAUAUGGCGGAAACCACAGGAUCGUCUGGGGCAAUAGCGAUUGCGUUGCUUGUCUCGAUUGGACAGAAUGCAUCAGGUGCAGCGGAACAUGCGCAAACUGCGUCAACCUUUUCUGCCGAGAUCCUUUUGGUGGAGAUCCCAUGUGUGUCAGUCUGGAGCGCCUUUAUGAAACAGUCACUGGUUCCGAUUACAAUCUCACAUUUCAUGACUUCGUUGGCUAUACCGAAGAAUAUACUCGAGAUUAG